AUGCAUAACAAAGGCCCGAAACCACAGCUCCACGACGGCAGCAACCUGCGCAUCGGCAUUGUCCACGCGCGCUGGAAUGACACCAUUAUCGAGCCCCUGCUCGCGGGCACGAAGGCCAAGCUUCUCGAGUGCGGCGUGAAGGAAUCGAAUAUCGUGAUGCAGACGGUCCCGGGUUCAUGGGAGCUGCCAAUCGCCGUCCAACGCCUCUACGCGGCCUCACAAGUGCAAUCCUCAUCGGCGGGCAGCGGCGCCUCGGCAGGUGAUCUGCUAGGCAGCUCGACCGCGGACCUGGCAUCUCUGCCCACCGCCUCCUCAUCUUCACCUUCCACAGGCCCGUUCGACGCCAUCAUCGCCAUCGGUGUGCUGAUCAAGGGCGAGACGAUGCAUUUCGAGUACAUUGCCGGGAGCGUCUCGGACGGUCUGAUGCGCGUGUCUCUGGACACUGGCGUCCCCGUCAUCUUUGGCGUUCUCACUGUGCUCAGCGAGGAGCAGGCGAAGGCCAGGGCCGGCCUCAGCCCGGGAAGCCACAACCACGGUGAGGAUUGGGGGCUAGCAGCCGUCGAGAUGGGAGUGAAACGGAAGGCCUGGGCAGCGGGGACCAUUGAAUGAAGGAUUUCUCUUCUCGGUGAUGCUUGUGCCUCGGUUCUCCGGUUUGGGAAACAAAGGGUUAAUAAGCCCAACAGAGUCAAAGGAGUCGAUUUUGUAUAACUAUCGGUAUUACCAGAUUAGCGCAUCUAAAAAUGCUAUGUCUACCGUGAUCCCUCCUUUCG